GGCGUCGCAUCUUAGCGACGUCACAACACAUACACUUAGCCUGUCGCACUUUCGACGGAUUAUUUUUUUACUCUUAAAUAAUGUUCACGUAACUCGUGUAAUGUCACGAGGUGUACAGCACAUGGUGUGAUACAUCUUAGUUUAACCUAUAUAUUUUUUUCCCUGUACAAAUAUUUUUUUAACGAAGGUAUGAGCCACAGCAUUUCAUGGAUUCGUCAAAUACGCGCCCCAAGAGCAGAGUGUCAAAUCGUGUUUAUCUGAUUCACCGGUAACCGCAUGGGACCAAAAACUGCAUUUUGACACAUCACUAUUAUACUUAAAUUUGUAUUUAUUCAUAUUUGUUUUAUUGUCCAUGUCGCGGGCUGUGGUUAACAAGUCGCCAGACUUUUUACGCGCCGGAGCUAGUAUCGAAGCUAAUGGUUAGCAUGCCCUCUGUCAGUGUCCACAAGAACAGCAAGACGCCGCAUCAGUAAAGACAGUUGAAUAACAGACAAUAUGUCCGUCAGUAAAAGGUUACUUUCUUGUAUGAAGCGAAGGUCUUUGUGGACGUAUUUGCGCAGCAGGAGUGUGACAACGUGGUCACCUGUUGGGGCAGCUUUCAAUGCCCGACCUCACAAGAGACUGGAGCUGUUCGAGAAAAAUGUGGGUUUGUUUGGAGUGCCAGAGCUGAGUUCACCAUCUGGCUUCCAAGUUGCCACAAAGAAAGCUCUUGAAAACUCACAUCUCCUGCUUGACAAAGCUUGCUCCAGCACACCGGGGGUCGACACUGUCACCGCUUUUGACCAGCUCUCGGAUGGCUUAUGUAAAGUGGCAGACCUGGCGGAUUUUGUCAAAGUGCAACAUCCAGAUCCGGCGUACCGCGAGGCCGCGAGAAAAACCUGCAUCGAGAUCGGCACCGCCGUGGAGAAAUUGAACACUAAUGUAGAGCUGUGCAAAAGUUUGAAGAAUUUGCUGGAUAGACCAGACCUUGUGGCUCAGCUGGAUCCAGACACAAGGCGAGUGGCGGAGUUGUUCAUGUUUGACUUUGAAAUCAGCGGGAUUCACCUGGAUGAGAGGCUGAGGAAGGAGGCGGUUAUGCUCCACGUGAAGCUCUUGGAUUUAAACAACGAGUUCCUGGUGGGCUCCCACAUGCCCAACAGAAUCGCCAGGUCUUCCAUCCCUGAACAUCUCCACCUGCACUUUGCCAGUGAAGGGAGCUUUGUGCAAGUUGGAGGAUUGCACGCAGACGCGCCUGAUGAUUUGGUUCGAGAAAUGGCCUACAGAAUUUACCUCUACCCAAAUGCAGAUCUGAUGGAGUGUCUGGAGGAGCUUCUGAGAUGCCGAUACAAGCUGGCCAGACUAGUGGGAUACGAGACGUACGGCCACAGGGCCUUGAAGGGAACCAUGGCAGCAACGCCAGAGACGGUGAUGAGCUUCCUUCAGCUGUUGACUAACAAGCUAUCAGACAGAACAGCCAAAGACUUUAAAAUAAUGCGUGACAUGAAGAAAAAACUGAAUCCUCGGAAUUCCGAGCUCAUGCCCUGGGAUCACCCCUACCUCAGCGGAGUCUUGCGUGCCGAGAGGUACAACAUCGAGCCCAGUCUGUACAGCCCCUACUUUUCCUUGGGGUCCUGCAUGGAAGGUUUGAACAUCCUCUUCUCUCGACUCUAUGGCGUGUCCCUAAUGUCUGAACACCCAAGCGCCGGGGAAGUGUGGAGUGACGAUGUCCGCAAACUCGCUGUGGUUCAUGAAACAGAGGGCUUACUUGGAUACAUUUACUGUGACUUUUUCCAACGGAAAGAAAAACCCAAUCAGGACUGUCACUUCACCAUCCGCGGAGGCCGCCGGUGCCAGGACACGGGCCAGUACCAACUUCCCGUCGUGGUGCUGAUGCUGAGCCUGCCCCAUCCCACACGAAAUGCCCCCACCUUGCUCUCUCCGGGCAUGAUGGAGAACCUUUUCCACGAGAUGGGCCACGCCAUGCAUUCGAUGCUGGGACGCACUCGCUACCAGCACGUCACGGGCACGAGAUGCGCGACCGACUUUGCCGAAGUGCCCUCCAUCCUCAUGGAGUACUUUGCCACCGACUAUCGGGUUGUCAGCCAUUUUGCACGCCACUAUGAAACCGGACAGCCUCUCCCUGAGAGUAUGGUGGCUCGUCUGUGUGAGUCCAAGAAGAUGUGCGGUGCUGCAGACACACAACUGCAGAUUUUUUAUGCUGCCCUGGACCAGAUUUACCAUGGCAAACCACAAAGUUGCUCUACCACCGAAAUCUUGCAAGAGAUGCAGCAGAAGUUCUAUGGCUUGCCUUACACACCAAAUACAGCCUGGCAGCUGAGAUUCAGCCAUCUGAUCGGUUAUGGUGCCAAGUAUUAUUCAUAUCUUAUGUCUCGAGCUGUGGCUUCUAUGGUGUGGAAGCAGUGCUUCCUUCAAGAUCCUUUAAAUAGGGAAAUGGGUGAGCGUUACCGUCGAGAGAUGCUGGCCCACGGAGGAGCCAAGGAGCCCAUGCUUAUGGUGGAAGGUAUGCUGCAGCGUCGGCCCACCAUGGAGGACUUUGUGGACGCGCUGGUGUCGGAGCUCCAGCCAAACUUUGAGACGUUCAUCAUGGACUCUGAGAGCUGAAAAGGUGCACACUAUGGCCGCAAUCAGUACAACUUUGGACAUUUACCCCACUGACUGUCCCCUAGCAACCAUCACGUGAUGCAAGCGCAUGAUGCUAGAUCAGGUUUGCUCUUUAGCUAUACGCACAAAGUGGUCAGUCUUAACACAUUCACACAGUCGUUAGCAGCUCCUUCUACUUCCUGAGAAAUUUGACCCCUGGCUAAACCCCACAUGUUUUUGGACCGGUUAGGAGCGGUUACUAAAGGUGUCAAACAUUUGAUAAAAUAGAUGUCGUGUGAAGUCACAGCUCCAAAAAAACUAAAUGUGAUGAAUUGUCUUUUUUUCAUGCUCUAAUAAUUGGUUUAUAAAAUGAGGAAGAGAUAGAAAUAAAGCGGAACACUGGAGAGUA